AAUACUUUCUUUUGAAAAGAAUUAUUUGCGAAAACCACGUUAGUUCGCAAUGAGUAUACGACUUUUAAAGGAUCCUGCUACUGUAAGUAGUCGUAUAUUUGUGGGUCAUUUACAAACUGAUGAUAUGACUAAACUUGAGUUGGAAGAACAUUUUUCAAAAUAUGGGACAGUUAUUGGUUCUUUGAUAAGUCGAGGUUUUGGCUUUGUUCAGUUUGAAGAAGAACAAUCUGCUCAGAAAGCUAUUCAAAAUGAGGAUGGUGCAAUGUUCAAAGGCAGAAGAAUAGAUGUCAGACCAGCAAAAAAAGAUAAUCAAUCCAGUGGUGGUGGUGGAGGUACAGGAAAACAAUUAGGAGGAUCUAAUAAUCAAUUUAAUUCUGGCAAUAAUCACUUUAAUGCUGGAAAUGAUCCUUUUAAUAGUGGAAACCAGAAUUAUGAAGGAAAUUCAAAUUUCAAUACAAAUCAAAGUUUUGGAUGUGAUCCACAGCUAAAUGACAGUCAAAAAGGAAAUAACAUGCAAAUUCGGGGUGGUGGAAACGAUCAAUUUGGAGAUGGAAAUCAGAAUAGAGAUAAUGUAAAUGAUCAAUUUGGAAAUCAAAAUCGAAACAAUGGAAAUGAUCAGUUUAACAAUAUAUUGCAAAGUAAAGGAAAUAAUUUUAAUUCAAAUAAUCAGAAUAGGAGUGGUGGUGACCAGUUUAAUCAAAGCAGAGGUGGCAAUCAAUUUGGACCAGGUGGAAAUCAAAAUAGAUCUGGUGGAAAUCAAAAUCGUAAUGCAAAUAACCAGAAUCAAAGUGGUGGUGGAGGAGGUGGUAUGAAUAGUGGUGGAAGUGGUCGACCAAGAGGUACCAGAGGUGGAAAAAAUCGAAAUAAAAAUCGAGAUAAUUCAGGAGGAAAUAACUUUAGAGAUCGCAGUCCAAUUAAUAGAGGUGCUCGAUUAGAUGAUAAAGUUGGUAGAGAUUGGGAUCAUAAACAAGGAGAUAGAUUAAGAGGCAAUAAUUUUGGCAGAGAUUCAUUCAAUGACAGCAAUAAUCGUUAUGAAGAUUUUAAAAAUUCUACUCCUAGAGAUAUGAAUAUGAGUUUUAAUAAUACAAGCACAUCAAAUGAAUACUCAAAUGUAACAACUGAAAAGAAUGACUGUGAAAUCAUUGUUGUUAACAAAGCAUUAACGGAAUAUGCUGAAAGUAUUGAAAUGAGGUUGAAAAAAAUUGGAUUAACAGUUGAUUUGUUAUUUCCAAAUGAAGAUGUUCUUCUAAGUAGAGUUUUAGGAAACAUUGCAAGCCGUGGAUGCUUAUAUGCAGUUGUAGUUACACCUAUUAAUCAAGAACACCAUUCCUUAACUUUAAACAUUCUACAUGGUUUACCCCAAGAACAUAGAAAUAUGCUCGUUGAAGAUGCUAUUAAUUUAAUAUCGCGUGACUUUGCAAAUUACAAAGCUGGUGGACGAUCGGUUCCUUUAAAUACACCUUUCGCAAAUGAACGACAUCCCGAUGCUAUUCAAGUUCUUUUAAACAUGCUGGCUGAUAAUCAUCAGCUAACAGUAUUACAAUACGAUCGUGUUAUAAAAUAUCUUGAAAUUAAACGCGAAGAACAAGUACAAGUCGAAUUGGGAGAUGUAAAAGAUUUACCAACAACGACGACGACGAUAACAGUCAAUGAUCCGAAACAAGCCGAAUUACAAUCAAGGAUACUUAAUAUCCUAAAUAGUAAUAAAACAACUUCAUCUGCUCCAACACCUAGUCCAGUACCAGCUCCAACUUCAACACCAGCACCCGUUCCACCAGCUACUUGGGGAACAGCAGCAUCAACUGCGACAACAGCAUCCACAACUACUACUACUACUUCUACCGGAGUUUCACCAUCACCUCUGCUAAACGAUCCAACAGUUCAAAAGGCACUUGACAGUCUGUUGCAAGGCAAUUUACUCAAAAGCAUCGGCGAUCAGCAACCGACUACAACUACAACACCUCUGUUUGCUGCUUUUUCGAAUAUCGGCCGAUUUUAAUUCAUUUAAAUUUUAUUUAUCAUAUAAUGAAUAAUUGGAGGUUUGGAUCUCCUUUAUUUUUUUCA